UAAGGAACUGUCUUUUGCCAAAGCAAUGUCUGAACCAGUAGCUGUCUCUAUUACACUAGAGGAAUCUACACGAGGAAAAGGUCUGGCACCUAUUAAACAAGAAUUCCGCAAAACCAAAUGGUUUGAAGACAACGAAGUAGAAGAUAUCAACACCGCAGCGUUUGGAGACGAUGAGGUUGAAGGCCAAAAGUUUGAAAACGGUGAUUCCAAUGCAGGCGGUAAUCGUAAAGCCCGCGGGCAGAACAAGAAGCGAAAGAGGACACAUGUUACAGAUGACAUCAAGCUCUGCCCUUAUAUUGCCGCUGGCGAUAACGACAAAUGCAACUGGGGAGACAAGUGCAAAUUUACUCAUAACAUUGAAGAGUACCUGAAGUUGAAGCCUGCUGAUUUGGGCGAAAGAUGCGUCAACUUCGAGGUCUACGGAAGAUGUAGAGCUGGAUAUGCUUGCCGUUACUUGCAAGCGCAUUUCAAAGAUGGAAAGCUCGUUGUUGAUGAAGAGCGCGAAAGAAAUGCACCUGUUACUGUCAAGAAUGGUAUUACGCCCGAAACGAUGGCAGCUUUGCGGAAACAUACGUUCAACUUUGAAAAAUCAGAAGCGUUUUUAAAGGAGAUUCAAGCUGAAAUCGAUGCUGAAAUUGCUAUGAAGGAGGAAAACACGCAGAGGAGACUAGCCUCCAUGUUGGCUGAGCCUGCUAGUGCCACAACAGAUAGUCCCGCCAGCACCAUUGUCGAGGCACCAUCUACACCAAUUUCGGACAAGUUGAAGAAAGUAGCAGAGGUGGAGCAGGUUUCGACGGACAUCGAAACAACGCCCUCGGGAAUAGUCACCUCCGUAGAGACUUCCCAGCAAACAGAAGUCGUUUCGGAAACCAGUAUAAGUCCAGCCAAAGAAGAGCAACCAGUUGGACCUAUCUUCGAUAUAAAUGACAAGAAGAAAUUAAACUUCAAAGACAAGACCUACCUUGCUCCCCUCACCACCGUCGGUAACUUGCCUUUCCGUAGAAUCUGUAAAGAAUUUGGCGUGGAUAUCACAUGUGGUGAGAUGGCUAUGGCUACCAACCUACUCCAGGGCCAGAAGACUGAAUGGGCUUUGACCAAGCGCCAUGCAUCAGAGGACUUGUUUGGUAUCCAGAUUGCAGGAUACAAAACAGAACAGCUCGUCAAGGCUUGCCAAGUCAUAAAUGAAACUGUGGAUGUCGACUUUGUUGACCUCAACAUGGGCUGCCCUAUCGAUAUGCUUUUCAACAAGGGUGGCGGUUCAGCAUUGUUGGACUCACACGGAAAGAUGCUCAAGAUGCUUCGUGGAAUGCAGCACGUUCUCGACCCUCCUGUCACCGUUAAGUUCAGAACUGGUGUGAAGGACAAUCACCCUACAGCUCAUAAGCUGGUACCUAAAUUGGAAAGUGUGGGCAUCGGAAUGGGCACUCUCCAUGGCCGUUCGCGCCAACAGCGGUACACUCGGCUCGCUGACUGGGAUUAUAUUAAAGGAAUCAAGAGGUUGACAAACGAUAUGGCCUUGUUCGGUAACGGUGACGUUCUCAGCUGGGAACAGUACUAUCAGCAGAAGGAGGAAUCCGGAGUAGACGGAAUCAUGAUUGGACGAGGAGCAUUGAUUAAACCAUGGAUCUUUGAAGAAAUCAAAACCCGAAGACACUGGGAUAUUUCAUCUUCAGAGCGAUUCGAUAUGUUGAAGAAGUUCUGUGAUUAUGGCCUCGAGCAUUGGGGUACUGACACCAUGGGCAUCAAUUCUACCCGUCGUUUCUUAUGUGAAUGGCAAAGCUUCUUGUAUCGAUACAUCCCUGUCGGUCUUCUCGAGGUCCUUCCUCAGCAGAUGAAUGAGCGUCCACCACCUUAUUAUGGCCGCGACGAACUCGAGACACUCAUGGCUAGUCCCAGAGCCUCUGACUGGAUUAAAAUAACUGAUCGUAUUUUGGGUCCUGCCCCAGAAGACUUCAAAUUCAUACCAAAGCACAAGGCCAACUCGUUUGAAGGUUAAAAACGCACCCAUAUUCAUUUGUAUGUUGUACCUGUUAUGGUUUUUUUUUAGUAUUAGCAAGAGUAUACAAUUAAAGAAAAAGGCUGUAUUUACGGAGAAGUAAAUGGAAGUGGAGACCGCUUUUGAGACCUUAGCUUGCUAAACCAUACCUAG